AUGGUGAAGCAGAAGAACGUCCUCGUCCUCAACAUCAAAAAGGUCACCGUCGCACUCCGCCUCGCUGCCAAAGAGCUCUCGAUCGGCAGCGUCGAGGGCUGCCAGCUCGCUCCCAUCGAGAUCGCCCGACGGGCGGCCGAUCGCGAUCCGUUCUUCCAGCUGGUCGAGAUUCAUCGCGCCGUCGUCGACGAAAUCAGUCGCCCGCCUGGAGCUCACACGCUCCACAUCCGCCGCGAGAAGACUCAUCACAGCAUUGUACACGGCGCAAAGACGAUUGAGCUCAGGCGCGCGGACGGCGCGUUUGCAAGCAUCCGCGCGGGCGACGCUGUCACGUUCACUCACACCUCGCGCGAGGUGAAGACGACUGUGACGCGCGUCGAGCACGCCGAGUCCCUCGAGCAGCGGAUCCACAGCUGGCGGCGCGCAGCUGUCCCAACAGCCCACACCGAUAACGAGGCCAUCUCGUACGUCGCGGAGGUCCUCAGCCCGCGCGUACCUGUCCUCGCAAUUCACUUCAUCACCGCCGAGAACGCGUUCCGAGCUGCAGUCAUGCACCACCUGCAGCAGAACUUUGCAAACGCAGACGCCGUGACUUCUGAGGCGUUCACGGCGACCCGCGCCGGGGGAUGCAAGUAUGCCCUGCUCGCAAUCCUCAGCAGCAGACGGGGGCGGAUUCUACACAGCGCGACGAAUUGCUGCACCGGCACUUCCAGCGCCGGGGGGCACGCAGAACGCCAGGUGCUGGACGGCUACCUGGAGUCUGACCGCAGACUACCACGCGCGUGCGUUCGCAAUCUCACGCUCACGGUGCUGAGAUUCGAUGCAAAGGGAUCGCUUGCAAUGGCUCGGCCGUGCGCCGAGUGCUGCAAGCGCAUCCGCCGUGCUGCGGCGCACGUAAAGCGCGUGCGCUGGUCGACUGGGUGUGGAGAGGACGUCGAGUGUUGCAACAGCAAGUGUAUCGAGGGAACCCCGACCCGAUGGAUGCAGCAGCAGAUGUCGGGGCACACGCCGAAUGGACCCUCGGUGAAGUGA